AUGGCUGUCACGAAGCCAUCUUGGGCGGCGCGCGGGAAACAGGACUGGAAGCCACGAGUGAUGCGGCUACGUCGGGCGACAGUGACGGCAGCACCGCGGUCUCCCACACCACCUUCCCUCUUUUGCUUCUUCUUCUUGUUGUGUGUGCGGCUGCUGCUGCGGUGUCCGCGUGAGAGUGAGUGUGAGAGAGCCGUGCACCGCCCGCACACACACUCUUCCUUCUCUCUGUGUGUGUGUGUGUCCCUUGCAUGGACUCUCGCCCUCACCUCACCCCACGAGGCACACACAAUAAUGUGCCCAUUGUAUAUAUGCAUGCACACCCAUGCAGGCCCGUUGGUGCUCUCUUUUGCACGACACGCACCGCUGCCGUCCUGCCUGGCUGCAUGGGCGGAGCACCGUAACUGUUUUUAUUUUGUUUGCAUUGAGUGGGCGAUCUCUCUCUCUCUCCCUGUGUGUGUGUGA